AUGAUAGUUUUAAAAUAUCAAUAAGCCCAAAAAAGGGAAAUGAUUGUUUAAAGUAAUAGUUAUCAUUAAUAAGAGUUAAUGUAAAAACAUGGGUUAAUGUGUAUGUAAUUGUGUUGAGGGUUAUUUUGGUUUUGAUUGUGAAUUUUAAAGUUUUGAUUCUGAAAUAAGAUUAUCUUGAAAAAGAUAAAUUUUAUUAUUUAGACUUAAUGAAGAUUGGAAAUGCUGAUUUUCUCUUAUAAUUUUAAAAUUAAGGAGAGAUUAGCUAUUAAGGUUUUUAGGAGAAUCCUUACUUAAUAUCAAUAUAACUAUUGA